AUGAUCGAUGCGGCGAGUGGAGGUGCAAUGGUUGAUAAAACUACUGAGCAAGCCCGAAAUUUGAUCGCUAAUAUGGCACAGAAUACACAACAAUUCGGUCUCAGGAGGUCCGACUUGGGUAAACGAAUGGAUGAAGGCCAGUCGAGCAUGAUGGAGGCUCAAUUAGCUAAUUUAACGGCUAUGGUAAGUAAGUUGAUGACUGGAGGUACUGCGAAAGCUUCACUAUGUGGCAUUUGUUGUUCAGAACGACAUACCACAGAUAUGUGUCCGACAUUACAGGAAGGGGAAGCUAACGCCGUCUUUCCAAAUCAGAGGAGGUAUGAUCCAUAUUCAGCUACCUAUAAUGAGGGAUGGAGAGACCACCCCAAUCUCAGAUACCAAAACCGUGCCACACCUCCAGGAUUUGAGCAGCAAAAUUCCCGACCAUAUAAUAUGUCACAGCCAACCCAUCAAAACCCAAGAAACCGAUGGAAGAUUUCAGUCUUUGGAAUCGGCAGUGAAGCAAUUGCAAACCAGAGCCUCAUCGACGAUGUUAAUCUUGGGAACUUACAAGCACAGGUAAAUAAUCGGUUACCGUCACAGCCUGUGGCAAAUCCGAGGGAUAAUGUUAGUGCUAUAAUCUUGCGAAGUGGGAAGGAGUUGAGAUCGACACUAAAGAAGGUCCAAAACAGCGACAAGGAAGACGAAACUGAGGUAAAAAAGGUCCGAUUUAUUGAUAUUAAAGAGGAAAAUUUAGCCUUGCCAAAGGUUGAUUUACAACCGUCGCAAACAGCACCAAAAGAAGCAUGGAAAUCACGUUUACAACAACCCACUGCUUCACAUGGUGUAGCAAACUUUGAGCAGGAAAUGAGGGUUCCCGAGCUUAGAGCACAAGCAAGUCAGAACGCUAAUAACCAACCCCGGUCUUACGUGCCGAAGGCGCCAUUUCCACAGCGUUUGAGGAAGGAAAAGUCAGACGACGUCAAUGUCAAAAUUCUAGAGACUUUCCACAAGAUAGGAGACCUUAAACUUGAUAGGGCUAUGCUUGAUUUAGGAGCUUCUAUAAAUGUCAUGCCUAGGAGUAUCUAUGAUAAAGUUCAAUUAGGUGCAUUAAAAGACACAGGACUGAUAAUUCAACUUGCCGAUAGAAGUAAUGCCUACCCUGAUGGCGUUUUAGAAGAUGUUCUAGUGCAAGUAAAUGAGUUAGUUUUUCCAUCUGAUUUUUAUGUUUUAGACAUGGGACCUAAUGAUAAUUCGAUUGAUGUACCCUUACUCUUAGGAAGACCUUUUCUUAAGACAACUAGAACGAAAAUUGAUGUGCAUAAGGGGAAUUUAACUAUGGAAUUUGAUGGUGAGAUAAUUAAAUUUAAUAUAUUUGAUGCUAUGAAAUAUCCCACUGAUAUUAAUUCUGUAUUUACUCUUGAUAUAAUUGACAAUUUUGUUCAAGAUGUCUAUGAAUUAGGGGAUGAGGACGAGUUGAAAAGCGUUCUAGCUAAGAGCAUUUUUUAUAUCGACAAGCAUGAAUUUAUCAUUUCUGAUUCUUUAAUUGACUCAGUUUGCGCAUUAGACUCGCCCAAAUUGGCACGAUUCAAGCCGAUUCUCCCUAACCUUAUGGUGUCUGGUAAGCAAAUUCCUUCAUUGAUUUCACCUCCUAGAUUGGAGUUAAAAGAGCUGCCCGAAAAUUUAAAGUAA